UUUUACACGCUGAAUCAUAUGCAUAAUGGAGUUAAGCUUAAUUAUCAUCUUCACGAAAGACUCUUCAGUGUCAUUUCAUUUUCUGUUCUGGCCUCCGAUCAGUUGAUAAUUGUCCUAUGGCUGAGACGGUCAUUGCUAAAAAUAUGAGGUUCUACGGUGUCAUUUUUGUGCUGUGCAUUUUUCUUGGUGUCGAUUUUGUUCAAUCGUUUGAAGGUUGCGCUAAUCGAUUUGAAAGCUAUUUCCCAAAAUGUAAUUGUACCGGAGAAAACAUUGGUUGGUCGUUCGCUCAACAGAAAUGUACGACCAUAUGUCCAUCAAUAAUAAGUCAAGGCAAAUAUCCAGACUGUAAGUGUCGAUUCGGUGAUGAAUAUGAUAACAAAACGAACUCGUGUCCAAAUCCAAUUUGUCCUCCCAAUACAACGGCCGAUUCAGUGUAUCCAAACUGCAAAUGCACCGAAAAGAACUUCGAGUACAACGAUUACUUCAAUGUGUGCGGUCGCGUUUGCCCUGAAAACAGCACGGGCCGCUUUCCGAAUUGCAAAUGUGACGAUGCGCUAGCUGGCUUCAGCAAAACAUUUUUCGUGUGCAAACGCUGUCCACCAGGCAGUAAACCAGAUUUUUUAUAUCCAAACUGCAAAAGUGCAACCAAUCCUAAUGCCACAUUUGGUGAAUAUCAAAACAUCUACACCGAGUGUCCACCAAGCACGUAUGGAACUGAUUACGACUGCCAUUGCAAGAAUGGAAACAUUUUUAAAUCCGGUUAUUUUGAUGAUCCAUACGAAAGAGUUGAUGAACUCGAUGGAUAUUUGGAAAUGGAAGAAGAAGAAAAAGAGGAGGAAUCUGAGUCAAAAUCAAAUUCUAAACGAGAAACAAACUCACAUUCUGUAUCAAAAUUAGCGGCUUUAGAUUCAGAUCCAUACUGUUCGCACUGUCCCAAUCCAAAUGAAGUAUUUCCAAAUUGCACGUGCGAAGAAGGAAAAGUGUUUGAUGGGCUGUACUGUCGUCGAUGUCCUCCGAAUGCAAGCGGAUUAUAUGGAGAAUGCAAGUGCGAAGGACAAGCAACAUACUUGAAGGAAAUCAACCGAUGCCGUGCCUGCCCUAAGAAGAGCACCGGCAAGUAUCCAAAUUGCGUCUGUGAAGAUCCACUUUUCUAUGACACUAAGAAGAAUAAAUGUAUCGGCUGUCCGGAAGGAACAACUGGCCAAUUUCCCAAUUGUCGUUGUCAAAAUGAAACUGCGGUCUUCGUUCCACCUUGGAAAAUUUGUCGUGAAUGCCCUGAAAAUUCAGCAGGUCGUUUUCCAGAUUGCACUUGCACCGAAAACGAUCAUAUCUAUAGUGCUUACAUUAACGAAUGUUACAUUGAGUGCGGCAAUGGAACGGGGAUUCACCCAAAAUGUUACUGUGGCCAAAAAUUCGAUAGAGCGUAUGAUGUUGAGACGAGAUUCUGCAAACCUAUCAGCUAUUCCGGUCGUUCAUGUCCACCGGGAUCAGUUGGUAUUGCUCCCGAUUGUCGUUGUGCUCAUGGAAAUUUUCUAAUUUAUGGCUGGGGCUGUUUUCAUGCAUAUGUCUUUGGCCCAACAAAUUUUCCAUGUGAUAAAUGGCCACAGUGCGAUCUAGGUAUUGAUCGUAAUACACUACUCAGCUUGGUUGGGUGAGGCUUUAAACAUGCUCUACAAAGGAUUGAAAAUCCAUUGAUUACAUGCAAAUUUAUGAUUAAAUAAAUAAAAAAACAAGAGAAAUGUAAACGUUUUGAAAUAAAAAAAAAAACACUUUGCAAAAUAUAAGAGAA